UGAGUUUCCAGAAGAAGAUCCGAAGAAUGAGUAGCAUUUUAUCUGGCAGAUAGUACUCGGCUGUGGGACAGAGCGUGUACGCAACUGCUCGCAGCAAUGGCGGAGCGGUUACGCGAACUGCUUGGCGUGCCACAGCAUGCUUGGCUGGGCGACGUCCAGUUUGAUAUGAACCAGGGCAACAUAGGCAUUGGGUCGGACGGCGUGGUGUACGAAAUUGAUUUCCAGGGCAGUCCAGCCGCUGUGAAAGUCCUGCAUGAGGCACUUAUCCGGCCUGGCAAUCAUGGCCGAGACGAGUUCCUACGUCGCUUCGGUAGCGAGUGCGUGGAGCUGAAGAACCUGACGCAUCCGCGUAUCGUGCAGUUCCUCGGCGCGGGCCGUGCGCCGAACGGCAGCCCGUGCCUGCUCAUGGAACGCAUGAAGGGCAGCGUGGCCGAGUGCAUGAUGCGAGGGGACUCUGGGGAGGAUUUCGAGUGCACGGUGACGGUUCUCAGGGACGUUGCGGCCGGCCUGAUGUACCUGCACUGGAAGCGCAUUAUCCAUCGAGAUUUGAAGCCACAGAACGUGCUGCUGGGCACGGACGGACAUGCGAAAAUCGCCGACGUCGGUCUAGCACGGCUGAUCAACGAGGAGUUCUCGCAGAGUAUCCCCACGCGCUGUCCGGGUACUCGGUUCUACAUGCCGCCUGAGGCGCUGGACGAGGGCAGUGCGUACGGACUGGAGGUGGACAUGUUCUCGUUCGGCGUCCUGGCCAACAGCAUGGUAACCCGCAAGGAGCCGCAGCCUAGUGAGGCACGACACGAGCGGCUGCCAGGAGGUGGCAAACAUCCAAUUCCGGAGACGGAGCGGCGCGAUGGUGAUUUAUCGUUGCUACCUGCGGAGCACCCACUGCGCUUGCUGAUCCUAUCAUGCUUGAACGAUGAUCCGAGUCGACGACCUACGGCGGAGCAAGCACACACUACGAUUUCUGUAUGCUUGAAGCAGUACAGUGCAAUACAGAAGGCUUCUGCAGCCGCGGCAAAGAGGGCAGUCGACUCGGCAGCACAGCCGGAGGAGAAUGCCGACGACCCUGUCGUCCACAGCGGGGCAAGCAUUCAGCGGGCGCUAUCCACCAUGCAGGAGCAGAUUGCGUCCCUCGCCGACGUCACCCGGCAGAACAGCAUGCUGAUAGCACAGGCAAUUGCACAGCAGUCGCAGCACGAUACUAAGAUCAGCAGUGUGCACGGAGACGUCGAGCAACUUCGACGUUCCGUCGCUGACUCGCAGGAAGCGGCUGACGCCCACCGCAGCAGAGCCGACCAGCAACUCGUCCGCACGAACGAGUCCGUUCAGCAAGUCCUCGUCCAGCAGAAGCAGGCUCUUGCGCACGUGAGCGCUCAGCUGAGCGAGCUGAAGGCCGGUCACGAGGCGGUGGUGAACGAGAUGGUGGGUGUGACGGCCACCGUUCAGGAGAGCAUGGCAAACUGGGAGGUGGACAAUAAAAACCUGGCGUGCACGUUGAGUGUAGUGCGACAGGAACAGGACAAGCAAUCCCAGCUGCUGCGGAGGCAACCUCAGCAUCAGCCGCACGUGCGAGAUGUAUCCCAGCACGCUAGAGUCCACCAGGCGGAUGGGACAGCCCCGUCACAGCAGCAGCAGCCGGCCGAGGUCGGCACCGACGUUGUCCGGAAUGCUACCGUGGCAGUACCAUCCAGCAGCAGCAGCAGCAGCAGAGUGCAUCAAUCACUACCACCCGCCGCCGACACCACAUCAGCGGGUGGCAGCUCUGCAGCAUUGCGUGGCCAUCAAGAGCCAGCUGGAUUAUCACAAGUGAGCUGCAUUGCUGGCAUUGCUGGCAUGGCAGAACGAUCCCCACAGUCCUCGCAGCUGUCACCAGUCACACGCAUGACUACUGCCAUCAGUGAGACGUUUGCACGGGAUGUCCUCGCGCAACGAGAGUGGAUACAACGUCGCAGCAUGUCUGGUCGUCGCCUGCCACGCCGGUGUCGCUGGCUGAUCGCGGAGCGCAACAAGCAGGUCUACUUGUGCGCUACGGGCAGCGAGCAGAGUGUCCUCAUCAGCACUGCAGCGGACCUCGGUGAGCUGACUUCACUGGCCGUGCCGGCAAACACGAUAAUCAGUGCCAUGGCUAGCAACAGAGAGAACGUGUUUGCCGUGGCGCGGCAGAGAGACGGUACUCACGCCCUGUUCCGUGUCGACGACGUGGAACGCGAGUUGACAAUGGUAUGCAAGUGUCCGUACAGUUUGCAUUCUCCGCUCGUGCUCGCCACGCACGACGAGAUCGUCGUCUUCGACCAGAGUCUCGAGCAGCGUGUCGUAGACGGAGCGGUUCGCUGUCGUUAUCGCCACCUGUACAGCAUGUCCUCCGGCAAGUGGUCCUCCGGCUGCAGUCACCCGCACAGCGACGAUGCGGGCUGGCUGGAUCCGUCGAGGCUGGUCGUGGGCCUGGCGCGGAUGGCCACGUUCAGCUAUGACGACGACGCGGCGCUGAGCAGAUGGCCGCUUCUUCCGGACAUCGUACACGACGCCCGCGUGGUCUCGUGCACCGAUGGCCAGGUUCACGUGUUCGGUUUGCGGCUCGGCCGAAGCUCGGCUCCUUCGGAUCCUAUCAUGCACUUUGUGCUGGACCCGACAGCCAGCGUCAGUGGCUGGGUAAAGUUUGACACGCACACAGUCAAGCACAGCGAGCAGAUUGUGCCGCUGGGCGACGGCGUCAUCUUCGCCGCUGAUCUGCGCCGGCGCCAGGCAACCACCAGAUUGCACUUUGGCACCGGCAACGCGUUCAGUGAGCCGGACGUGGUGCCACUGCAGCAGCCUGCGGGUCUGGUGGACGGCAAGAGCACUUGUGUUGCCGCUGCGGCCGUGUGCGGAGCUCUUCUAGUUGUUGCAGCGGAGAAGAUCCACUCCAAUACCGACUACAAGCUGUUCACUAUGUCUCUCAAGCCGUGAAAGCAACUAGCGAAUUUUGUGUUGCACUGAAGAAGUUGGAGUAUGGUGGGGGUAUCAACAAUUGCGCUGGGGAUUACAUAAAAUACAUAAUGAUAAUUAUUAUUUGUACUUGAAGUAUUUUACUGAUUUACUCGUACCCACGUGCCCUUUUUUAUUUAUACAUUCGUAUUUUACUACACACGAUUUAUGUACUAACUGGGCCGGACCUAUUAUUAAAUUCCACUUUCAUUUCAGGCUACAUAUGGGUACAGGCCUUGCUGUCCUCGCGCAUGUACAUGUACAUGCACAUGCAUUUAUUUCCGUACCACCAGGCUUGAGGUUGAUCUUACGAAAUUUUCGA